GGCGCAGUGCGCAGGCGGGGCCGCCCCUUCCUGCUGCUGGGAAGCGGGAACGGGAACGGCCGCACGAUGGAGGUCAGCCACUCGGUGAAGGAGCGCACCAUCGCCGAGAACAGCCUGGUGAUCCUGCUGCAGGGCCUGCACGGCCACGUCACCACCGUGGACAUGCGUGACGAGAGCACGGCCACGGGCCGCGUCACCAACGUGGACGCCUUCAUGAACGUGCGGCUGGCCGAGGUGACCUUCACGGACAGGCAGGGCACAGUGUCCCACCUGGACGAGUUCUUUGUGACCGGCAGGAACGUUCGCUAUGUCCACAUCCCCGACGAGGUUGACAUCAGGGCCACCAUCGAGCGGCAGCUGCAGGCCAUCCACAGGAUCCGCUACUUUGGGGGCCGUGAUAAGGGCAGGAAGGAGUUUCCUCGUGCCAAGCACAAAUGAGCCCUUGGCACUGCCCCUUUGACUGGACUGCCAGCCGCCUUCACACCUCACCCUGGACGUUCUGCCCCAGGAUUCGGGACUCUGCUGCUUCUUUGCCAGUGUCUUCUGGGGAGCAGAGUUAGUUUUUCUAAUGUAUUACC